UUACAGCAUGACGAUAAUUUUGUUUUACAAUUUGAAGUAUAUGAUCAAUCUUUCAUAUUACAACUGACUCCCAAUGCUGACUUAUUCCAUCCUGUGGCAACAGAAACUAUUUUACAUCCUGACGGUACGGAAACGAUCCAAGCUAUUACACCUGAGCAAUUUCGUAUUUUCAAAGGUCAUGUUAUUCCAUUUGAUCAACCUAUUGACAAGAUACAUUCACCGAAUAUUGAUCAUUGGGCAAGAAUCACUAUACGUCAUGAUAUUCAACAUGAUUAUCCAUAUCCUCUAUUUGAAGGUGCAUUUUCUUAUCAAGGCGAUAUUUAUCACAUCAAAACAAACAAUAACUAUCAUUUAUACAAACGAAACGAUGAUCCAUAUCUACCUGAACAUUGGCCUAUGGUCAUCUAUCGCGAUUCUGAUAUUCAUGACGACGAUUCUCCUUCUUCUUCCUCCUUAUCACCUAUCAUGCUUAGCAGCAAUAUACCAUUCGAUAAUUAUCUCUCCCAAACUUCAUCAUCAUUAUCAUCACGAAAAUUACAUGGAAACCAUUCAAGGCACGGCAAUUGGUCAUCCUAUUUUUAUAACGAUGUUAUUCAAGGAUGUCCGAAUUCUAGGAAAAUUGCUUUUAUGGGGGCAGCAGCUGAUUGUUCUUAUGUCAAAUCUUAUGGUGGUAUUCGGUUGGCAAAGAUACAAAUGGUGACAGAUUGGAAUGUAGCUUCUGCUGUGUAUGAAAGGACGUUUAACGUUUCUUUAGGAUUAAUUUAUAUGCAAAUGUCAACAUCUCAAUGUCCACAACAACCAAGUCAACAGAUGAAUUGGAAUCAAGACUGCUCAAACUAUUAUACUAUCAAUAAUCGUCUUAGUGAUUUUAGCUUUUGGCGAGGACAAAGGGGAGAUGAUCAAGCUUCUUUAUGGCAUCUUAUGACGAAAUGCGCUACUGGUGUCAAAGUGGGUAUUGCUUGGUUAAGUCAACUAUGUGAAUAUCAAGCUUCUCAACAAAUUGAAGAUAACGGAUUAUAUGAUUGGGUAUCUGGUACUGGAGUAUCAUCUAUUACUAGAGAAGAAUGGAAAGUGGUUGCACACGAAAUUGGUCAUGGAUUUGGGGCCAUUCAUGAUUGUGCUGCUCAGUCAUGUUCCUGUCAAAAUGGAUGUGCUUGUUGUCCUCUUAGUCCUACUAAAUGUAGUGCUGGCGAAACUUAUCUUAUGAAUCCUACAAGCAAUGUUUCAACAAACGAUUUUAGUCCAUGUUCCAUUACUGACAUAUGUAGCUCUUUCCCAAAUAUUGGAUACUGUUUGAAAUCUCCUGGUGAUAUCAACAACUCAACUUUCUCUAUGUGUGGGAAUGGUAUUCUUGAACCUGGUGAACAGUGUGAUCCUGGACGUACCGAUAGUCCAUGUUGUUUUGCCAAGAAUUGUACAUUGAAAGCUGGUGCUAUUUGCGAUCAAUGCUGUCUUAAUUGUGCUAUUGCACCAAAAGAUACUGUUUGUCGACCUGCAGCAUCUGAAUGUGAUACAGAAGAAGUAUGUACUGGAUUAACGUCUCAAUGUCCUCCUGAUGUAUAUGAUGCUGAUGGUACUUCAUGCUCAAAUGGAACAAUGCAAUGUGCUUCAGGCGUAUGUACUUCUCGUGAUGAACAAUGUACUGCACGUGGAUUACGACUCAAUAUCACUCAACAAUGUCCCUUUCAAGAAGAUUCGUGUAGUAUCAGUUGUGCGGAUCCAUUAGACUCUCAGAAUUGCUUGGUACUCAGUGGAAUGUUUUUGGAUGGUACUGAAUGUGGUCUAGCUGGAUUCUGUCGUUCUGGAAAAUGUGUAGGAUCUGGUUUCUCCAAUACUGUGAGAGCUUGGGUGGAAAAGAAUAAAAACAUUGCUAUUCCUGUUUUUAUCUUUGGUGGACUUUUUCUACUU